UGGGCCGCCGUAUCUUGGUGCCUCCUGCACUCCAAAGUCCCAAAGUCCAAGCCCACUUUUCUCUGUCCCUCUCCUAGGAGACCGAGAGAGCACCGUAAUGGCGCCCCCCUGCGGCGACGCGGCGGCGGCAGCCGAGCUCACCAGCACGCGCAUCAGCGAAGGAGCCGGGCUCCCUCCGCUUCCUCCUGGACGGGGAAGCGUCGGCGGCAAUGCGGGUGAGGGAGAGGAGGAGGGUGAUACGAACAAGAAGGCGAGGAAGGAGAAGGCUGGUACGCAGCGGAUCGCCGGGUGGGGGCUUCGCGAGUUCAGCAAGAUAGUUUCUAAAAAAGUUGAGAGCAAAGGACGGACUACUUACAAUGAGGUUGCAGAUGAAAUUUGUGGGGAGCUGAAGCUGACUCUUAUUGGUCAAGAGUUUGAUGAGAAGAAUAUCAGGAGGAGAGUGUAUGAUGCUUUUAAUGUGCUAAUCGCACUACGUGUUAUUACAAAAGACCAAAAGGAGAUAAAGUGGAUGGGCUUGUCUAACUUCCAAUAUGAAUACAUAAAGUUGGAGGAAACUCGCAAAGAACUCAUGAUUAGGGUUAAGAACAAGAAAAAACUUCUCCAGGAAAUUGAACGACAGUUUGAUGACCUCCAGAAUAUCAAGUUUCGCAACCAGUUACUACAGAGGCCAGCAGAGAGUGCGAAUGGUAUCUGCCUUCCAUUCUUAUUGGUCAAGGCAUCCAGAAAAGCAAGGGUGGAAAUUGAGAUUUCAGAGAACUCAAAGUUUGCUGGUUUCGACUUCAACUGUACACCAUUCACCUUGCAUGACGAUGUCUCAAUCCUUGAAGCGAUCAGGUGUAAUAAUAAUAGCAUAAAAAGAGCUAGCUAGCUAGCUUCGGCACUCAUCAUUGGAUGAUCGAGAAUGUGAUUUGAUCUGUUGACAGUGACAAAACUGAUAUAAUCAGUUCCUUUUGCACAGCCAUUAGUAUGCGUAGGUAAAUAUAUAGUAUGGAAACUUGACCUAGUCCUCAAAUCAGCCUUUCUGGCUUGUGAAGAUUUAGCCUGCAAAUUUUGCCCCUUUUUGCGCCUAGCAGGUUAUUAGGUCUGAGAUAGAUUAGUCUCAUAUAUAAUGCUAUGUAUUAAAUUGAGUAUAGCUCCUAUUCGAAAGCUUGUGUACAAGCUUUGCUGGUUAUCA